CCAAGAGCCUUAAAAGACGAUCUUGAAUAUAAGAACGGACUAUGAAUACCGCCCUAGGUUUAGUUAAUCGUUUUCGAUAUAAUCGUGGUAAAAAUCAAUCAGUAUUACCUUUCGUUUAAACUCAGGUUUAACCGAAGGUUUGUUAACUGCUGAUUAGGUAAAGUUGGUAGAAACGGGCCUCAGUGGGCUAAGGUUAAGUUAGAUUUAGGUUAGGAUUCCAGUGGGUACUGUUAACUACUGUUAACGUCAAAAAUAACUGUCUUUCGACAAAGGCAUUUAUCUUGAUCAGAUGAAAGCAUGUAUUCCACAAAGACACCGACUCUUCGUAUCGACGAGGCUGACUUGAAAUGUAAAAACGGUUGUGGAUUUUAUGGCAAUGCAGAAUGGGAAGGUUAUUGCAGCAAAUGUCAUCGGGAACAUUUACAGAAACGACGGGCUCAAGCUGAACGCGUAUCUCACACGCAAAUUUCUGACACAGAGAACACUAAUCGAUCGAUAAAUGCUGGAACUCACAAGUACUCUGAAGAGAAGAAAGUACAGCAAGAAAAGAAGUAUAAACUAUUAAACAUUUCAUUUAGAAAACCGGUUGCAAAAGUUCAAGGAUAUCAAGAAUUAUAUCAUGAACUAUUAAAGGAUAACCCAGAUCUUGAGAAAGUUAAAGCUGAAAAUCGAGACUUACUAUUAUACAUAGCUAAAACUCUAGUAGAAAAGGAUGUGAGAAAAUGCAUACAUUCAUUUGUAGUAGAUAUACUCCAGAACAAAGAUGUUAAAAGGAUAGAAGAAUUGUCAGAAAUAACACAAAAUUUUUAUCUUGUGUUUGGAAAGCGUCUAGAAAAUAGCACCAAAUAUGCAGACAUACCUCCAGACAUUAAAGAGAAGUUAUUAGAUUAUGUUGAAAGAUACGCAAUGACUUUGUUAUAUAGAAUUCUCUUUUGCCCUCCAUUUACAACAGAUGAAGAAAAAGACUUAGCUAUACAAAAAAGGAUACGACAAUUAAACUGGGUUAGUGGUAAGAAUUUGGAAUGUAAGAUUCAUGAGACAAGCUCGGAAGUUAGGGAACUUGUUUAUACAUCCAUUACAGAUCUUUUAAAUAUGGAUUCUGCUAAGGCACCUCAAGAGAAAUUGGCAUGUGUUAUUCAUUGCUGUAGAAAUAUAUUUUUAUUAUUGCAACAAUCUGUCGAUGGGCCAGCAUCUGCUGAUGAAUUUCUUCCGGCACUCAUAUUUAUUGUUUUAAAGGCUAAUCCCGCACGUCUCAAAAGCAAUAUAAAUUUUAUUACGAGAUUUUGCAAUGCUAGCAGAUUAAUGACUGGAGAAGGAGGAUAUUAUUUUACGAAUCUGUGUUGCGCGGUAUCAUUCAUUGAAAACUUAACAGCAGAAUGUUUAAAUAUGGCAGAAAAAGACUUUAAUGCAUAUAUGUCAGGAGAAUGCGUUCCGGCUAAUACAUGGGAGUCGGCUCUUAUGAUAUGCGAGAGUUUGCACUUUAUGUGUGAAGAUAUAACUUUAUUGGAUGACUUACAAGCUAAAAAUAUUGACAUUAUAAAGCAAGCAGAAGAAUUGACAAACAAAAUGAUGGAUUUCAAGGAGAAAAUCAAAGAGGAUAUAAGUAAAGUGAUUGAAAGGACCCCAUUGUUAAUAUCACACAGUCAGAGAGUACCUACUAAUUUAGAUAGUGAAGAUGUUGAGAGUUAUCAGUUACCACCACCGAUUAUUCCACAGCAGAUAUAUCCGCACUCUAUCAGCGAUAACAUGAAUAGCAGCAUAAUUACAGAUUUAUCAAAUGAUUUAAUGAGAACACCAUUAGUAGAAGAUUCUGUGACGCCGUCACCAACAUUUGAUUUUCCAUCCUUCAUCGGCGACGAUAGUCUAGAGGUUAGCAAAGGCGAAGAUGAAACUAGUCUUAUCAGUUUAGAUACUCAAUCCGAUCUUGCAUCUGGCGAAACACAACUUUUUAAAAAACACAUGACAGAUAGUUUAAUAGACGAAUCCCCUACACCCGAAACAAAUCUACCACCCGCAUUGAGACCGACUAGCUCUGAAGAUUAUCAUGGUUUCACAAUUCAAGGAUCAAAUAUUCCAACAAUCCCAUGUAAUACAGGUGAUUUCUCCAUAACUCCAGCAAACUUAGAUUCAGAUAAUUAUUCCAAUUACUAUCAAAACAUGUAGUAUUUAUUAUAAAAAUAUAAUUUAAAUAUUAUUUAUGUUAAAAAUAUUUAAUAAAGGAUUUUAAUUAU